AUGGAGAAUCCUUCAGCACUGGCUGUUGCGUCUUCAAAUGUGCCGCCUGCAGCUUGUCGUUUGCCUCAUUCACUUCCUUCCAGGCCUCUUGAAUCCUUUAUGCAUAAGAAUAGGUUACAGGAGUUUGCUCAACGAUCAUCCAUCUGACUUCCUGUAUCAAAUGUUAAUGAAGGAUCGAUGCAUACGCCCAGAUUUCGGUCAAGUGUGUUAGUUGAUGGUGUAACAUAUACUUCUGAGACCACCUUUUCUAAUAUAAAAGCAGCCGAACAGGAUAUUGCCAAACAUGCACUGGAGUGUAUAUCAAAGAAGUUAAAGGAUGAAGGCUGUCCUCUCAUUUGUGAGGAUACGAUAUUUUGCAAGUCUAUCUUAAAUGAAUUUGUGGUGAAGAUGAAUCUAGAAAUGCCAACAUACAAUACCAUUCAGUCAGGAGGAGUGCUCCCCCUUUUUGUGUCUACUUUAAUUUUCAAUGGUGCGACUUAUAGAGGGGAAACUGGUAGAAACAAGAAGGAAGCUGAACAAUUAGCUGCACGUGUCGUCAUACAAUCACUUCUUGCUGACGAUAGGUACGGGACUGUUGUUUUAGAGAUCAUAAAAUCCAAAGCUAAACUUUAUGAUGCCUUGAAUAAAGCCAAGGAUUCCAAUUUUGACACUACACUUGCUGGGGCAAACAGACUGAAUCAUAACAAUACAGAGGUUGAAACUAAUGCAGUCACUAACCAUGUUCCAAAUACUACCCACCCAAGCUCUGGAGCUAAAAAUCCACGCCAUGAUUUCAAGAUUCUCGUUGAUCUUCCAAUUGCUUUUGUGCUUGGUUCAGAUGUUGGUGAAAGUUCUUCAAAAAUAAAACGCAAGAUGAAGAAAAGGGCUAAAGGGAAUACUAAUACUCAGUAA